AUGGACCAUGCGCAUACUGAUCCGGCGGCCCCUCAACACAGCUCACAUCGCCGGACGUGUCCGAAGCCCGCGGUAGUGGCACUUCUGGCCCUAUUACUCCUGGUCAAUCUAGCCCAGAGCAUCUACCAGCUACCGCUCAAUAGAGCUGUCGAGAGUCGCCUGUGCCGAGACUACUAUGACGACCAUGACCCGUCCAUCAUCGGCGACGACGGGCGGAUCGACGAGAAGCGCUGCAAGAUAGACCCUGUCCAGCAGAAACUUGCGUGGAUAACCGGGAGCAUGGAGACACUAUGGAUCGUCGGGGACUUUGUCAUGACCAUUCCGUUGGGGUUUGUCGCAGAGAGGUACGGCAGAAGAACAGUACUCUGGCUGAAUAUCCUGCCGAGACUGUUCAUGAUUACCUGGGCCAUCGUGGUAAGCUGGUUUGAGAGGACGCUACCUCUCUCGGCCAUCGUCGCCGGUCCGAGCCUGUCCAUUCUUGGCGGCGACUGCGUUUUCAACUCCAUACUAUAUGCCUCGGCCGCUAGCCUGACGGACGACAACGUGGUUAGGGCAACAUAUUUCAGCUGGAUGAAUGCGGUGUCGUACGUGGUGACCUUCGUCGGGCCUGGUCUCGCUGGUGCGACCAUGACUUUGAACCUAUUCCUCCCGUUUUGGAUUGGCAUCUGCCUCCUCCUGUUGGCAAUCCCCGUCAUCUCUGUGAUCGCGGACCCUGCGCAUACCGUGUUCGCGCCGGAGGAAGAACGGCAACUUCUGAUAAACUCACCUACCCUAAAGGCGCAACGAUCGAGGACUUCUAUGUUGUCGCCUAUCCUCGAGCGCGUCCGCGUCCUCCGCUCCAUCAUCGCGACCCAUCCUAGGAACCUGAGCCUGUUGCUCUUUAGCUUCUUUCUCACCUCCCUCGCCAGUUCCGACUCCAAACUCUUAGCCCAGUACAUAUCGAAGCGGUACCACUGGGAAUUUGCUUCGGCGGGCUACCUUCUCUCUGCGAAAGCCGUCGUGAAUUUCACCCUCCUCACUUUCAUCGUUCCAGGCAUCCUCAGCGCGAAAAGCGCGUCUCCUCAAUCGUCGUCCCAGGCGCUCUCCGAUGGGGACAAUAUUCGUUAUGCGCGAAUCUGCCUGAUGAUUUCAGUUCUCGGCGCACUGGCCAUCGCCCUUGCAGCCACUGUUUGGCUCCUAUUUCCCUCCCUUCUCAUGUACGCGCUGGGGUCUGCCCUUCCCGUGUUCACGAUGGGAUUGCUGAAGUCGCCAACGACAGGCAGCCACCCGUCGCCAAAUUUCGAGGAACCGGAAAUGCACAUCUUCUCGAUUGUCAUGAUGGUCAAAACUCUGGGUUCCCUAGUGGGAGCGCCACUGAUGGCGAUGUUGUGGGUUCGAGGCAUCGCGACAGGCCUCCUUGGCGCCCCUUAUUUGGCGAGCGUAGCGCUGUAUGUGGCCGCCAUUGCCGUCUUUGCCGGCAUUAGGGCGCGGUGA